CAGCGGCCUGGAGGCUCUCCCAAGCCGCCCCCGCCCCACCGGCCUGACCAAGAUCCCAGCCUGCCUCCCGGCUCCUCCCCGGACCCAGCCCGCCCCUCCGGACUAACCACGCCCCCAAACAGAGGCCCGGCUCCUCCCCCCGAGUCAACCUUGCCCCUCUGGACUUCCGCCUGGAGGUCCGCCAGCUCUCGUUUCCCGGCCCGCCACCUACAGCUCGCAGGCCUCGUCGGCCUUGGUGCGCUGAGGAAAGCCGUCCGGGCCCGCUGCUGACGUCGUGGCCGCGGCCGGGCCAAGGUUCCGGGCGGACCCCGCCGACUCAGUGAGACUCCUUGAAAGGACCGCCAGUCCUCAGCGUCUGUUACCUUUGCUGCGUGCUUUUUAGAAACGAAGCUCCCCGCCUUCCGCUGAGGAUGGAGCCUGGAGAGCCCGCCGGAGAGCCUGCUGCUGGUGACACUGCUGGUGACCCAGCUGGUGGUGAGUGUGUCCCCAUGGGCCGGGACCCGCUGCUGUUCCUACAAACCCUGCAGACGCUGUGGUCCACUCGGGAGCUGGGACAGCUCCGGGAGGAAGCCCAGAGGGGGUUCGCCGCCCUGGAGGACCCGCUCACCGCCCUCCUGGACAUGCUGGACGGCAGCCGGGGCUGGCGGGGGAAGGGCCCCUCCCUGGAGGCCUGGGUCGCCCGCGAGCUGAAGCGCUGCUUACAGGCACAGCCGUGCCCAGGACCGGCCCGGGGCAGCCCAGGGCUGAAGCAGCUGCAGGCCCGUGCGGUCAAGCUCCUCGCCGAGAGCCCCCCUGGCCUUGUGGAGCCGCUGGUCAGCAUCUUCCAGCUGCAGGACGCAGACCGGAGCCCCCUGCUGGCUCACGUCCACCGGCUGCACCAGGAGGGCAAGUUCAAAGAAGCCAUUGUGCUGGGCACAAAGCUGCGGCUGCAGGCAGAUCUUGAUGUUGAGAAGAUGUGCGUCCCCCUGCUCCUCCAGGACAAGGCCGACCUUGUGGAGCGCUACGUGGAUGGCUUUCCCGACCUCCAGCGGAGGCUGCUGGCCCUCAUGGACUCCUGGUGCCGGCCCGGCUUUGACAUCAGAGUCGUCGCCAGAAGGUACCCGCAGACGACCUUGAGGCUGGAGAGGCUGAGCCCCAGAGCGCUGGGUCGGCAGGUCCUGCGACUGCUGGAGCAGCACGGCCUGGACCCUGCCCUGUGUCCCAGCGUCGUCGCCCAGCAGCGCCUGGCCACCCUGCGGUACCUGUGCCACAAGCGGCUGGUAGAGAGAAGCGUAUCUCGGGAGAGCUGGGCCGAGCACGUGCAGGGCCUGGUGGGGCAGGACCAGUGGCUACAGGAGCAGCUGCUGCAGCUGCUGGCGUCUCACGACGACGCGGCCCUGGUCGCCCAGUGUGCCCUGGACCUCCGGCUGCCCGAGGAGCAGCUCCCGGCCUCGGUGGCCACAGAGCUCUGCCAACUCAGGAUCCAGGAGAGGACGGCCGAGGCCCCUCUGGAGGGCGGGAAGGAUGAUUACUACCGGCUGCCCAUCUCCAGGGAGCACCUCCACUUCCUGGCCUCGUGGGAGGACCUGGCCAGGCACCAGGAGGAGCUCCUGCAGCCCGGCCGGGUGGUCGGCUUGGACCUGGAGUGGAGGCCCUCUUUCGGCGCCGGGGGCCGGCCCCGGGCGUCGCUCAUGCAGGUGGCCGUGGAGGGCCGCGUGUUCCUGCUGGACCUGCCCCGGCUCUCGAGUCCAGCAGGAGGGCAGGCGCCCCAGGCCUUCUCCCGGCUGGUGUCCCGGCUGCUCGCGGACCCCUCCAUCACCAAGCUGGGUUAUGGGAUGGCGGGGGACCUGCGGAGCUUGGGUGCCUCCUGCCCGGCCCUGGCCCAGGCCGAGAAGCAGCUGCAGGGCAGCGUGGACCUGCUGCACGUGCACAGGCAGAUGCGGGCGGCAGGCAGGCCAGCCCCAGGUGUGGACGGCACCGCAGGGCCGCGGGGCCUCAGCCUCCUGGUGCAGCAGGUGCUGGGCAAGCCCCUGGACAAGACGCAGCAGCUUUCCAACUGGGACCGGAGGCCUCUGGGCGAGGGGCAGCUGGUCUAUGCAGCUGCUGAUGCCUACUGCCUGCUGGAGGUGUACUGGGCUCUGCGCAGAGAGCCUGCCCGCUUCCACCUGUCGGGGGACCUGGCCAGGAGCCCGAGGCUGGGACGCGGUGAGAGAGCGGGGGCUGGGGAGCUGCCGCCCCUUCCGAAGGCCUCGGCCUCGCCCCAGCAGGUGCCCGCGGGUGAGGACGCGGCCCCCGAGGUCCCGGCCAGGGCCUUCCGCGUGGUGUGUGACAGCAUGCUGCAGGGGCUGGCGCGGAGCCUCCGCUGUCUGGGCGUCGACGUGCUGGUGUUGGCCACCGGCGAGGACCACCGCAGGGCCGCCGAGGUUGCCAGGCAGGAGGGAAGGAUCAUCCUGACCUCAGGGCUGCCGUACCACAAGCUCCGGGCCCAGGUUGGGGCUGGGCGCUGCCUCGCGGUGGACUGCUCCCUCAAGGCCCGGCAGCAAGCCAUCGCCGUGAUCAGGCAUUUCAAUGUGCGUGUCACCCACUCGGACAUCUUCAGCCGCUGCCAGGCUUGCAACUGUCACCAGUACCUGAAGGUCUCCAAGGAUGUAAUGAAGCAGCUUGUGUGGCUCAGCGGCCACCCAGAAGGCCCUAGCGGCACAGCUCUCAGCUCUCCACAGCAUGGCCAGGACGUGCUGGAGGCUGGGGGGAGGGGCAGGGCACAAGCAGCGCCCCCCACAGGGGCCCCCCCGGGCUCCAGCCCCGCCGAGCCCCCGACACCCCACCCGGAGGCUCACACUUGUCCUGGGCAGCGCCCUCAUGGGCUGGCAGGUGACGAAGCCGCCCAAAUCGAGGAUGAACCGGAGACAGGCUCAGCCCCAGAGGAGGCCCCUGGGGGCUGCACCUACGACCCCUCUUGCCGCUGGCUGGAGGAGGAGGACCUGCAGAGCCGCGUGCCGGCCACACUGAGCAACGGCACCCGACUGCAGCUGUCGGGGGUCCCGGCAGGCGUGCUGAGGAGGCCGGGGCUGUGGCAUUUCUACUGCUGCACGGGCUGCGGCAAAGUCUUCUGGGAGGGUUCCCACCUGGGCCGAGUCGCCGAGAACUUCCGAGAGGUUCUGGAAGGCGUCCCCGGCUCCCGCGAGCCGAGCCGAGCCCCCAGCCCGGCCGGCAGCCCCUCCUGAGGACGGGGCCUAUGGCCCCAUGGCCCCCGCCACCCCCGGGGGCCCAGGCAGCCAGCAAUAAAGUGGGAAAGCUGCACGGGUGGUGGUUCUGCUGGUUGCCGUUUCAC